AUGGACCGCCAGACCAUCAUGGAGACCAACCGGUCUCUUCGAACCAUUAAGAACGAGCUCGAAAGCCUCCUUGAGAAAGGCGUCAUUGACGAAGCCGCUUUCGACACUAUUCACGCCGCCCUGCCCGCCGAAACUCCUCUUCGUGGAGCCGCUCCCGGAAGCGCUGCUCGUUCUGCAAACCAAACACCUGCUCAGCCUGUGGCAGCGGUGACGCCUCCUGUCCAGGCCCCUGUCCAGGCCUUUCAGAACCUCAACGUCAAUGGAACUUCUCCUGCUCCUCCUUCAUACGAUGAUACUCCCGCUCCCGGCGUCCCCACGCGCUCUCAGGCUCCAGCUGGGAAGCCCGUUUUGGCUUAUGCGAGAGCCCUGUACCGCUACGAUGCCAGCGAUUCCCGCGAUCUGAGCCUGGAAAAGGACGACAAGAUCGAUGUAUUUGAGUACAUGAACCAGGACUGGUGGAUGGGUCGUAACCACCGCACUGGCAUGGAGGGCAUCUUCCCCCAAAACUACGUUUUUGUCGAGCAGGAGCAAAAGGCCCCUAUGCCUGCUCCCGUGACCUACCCCCAGCAGCCGGCAUACGGCUACCCUCAGGGCCCUUCGGCGCAACAGAACCCUUACAAUGCCAGUGUGCCACCCAUGGCGAUAGCAGAGGGUGGCCAGCCGUCCCAGCAAGGCGGAGAUGGAAACAGCAAGGUUGGCGAAUACGGAAAGAAGUUUGGCAAGAAGCUUGGUAACGCCGCCAUCUUCGGUGCGGGUGCGUCGAUUGGUAGCAACAUCGUGAACAGCAUCUUCUGA